AUCUAUGAUGGUUCAUUGGAAGUACACUCGCGGACCAUGGGUAGCGGGGUACCUCAGGAGAAUUAUCAACUGCCGAACUUUAUCCGGUCCGCUGGUUUGAAGUGUGUGCAUAAAACCUAGCUUCCCUGAAUGAUCGUUCGUAACCUUUCUCUUCUUGACCAUCUCACUCUAGAGAUCAAUCAUGGGUGGGGUUACUGCUGUCAGCGGAAAAGACACUUCAUUUGCGCAUCUCAUCGAUGAGCGGAGGAAGUGGUACAACAACAGGCGAAUCAUCGCUCUCAACGCCUGGAUUGUCCUUCUCCUCAUCACUUCCUCGACGAAUGGGUACGACGGCAGUAUGAUGAAUGGGCUGCAGUCCCUUCCUCAGUGGGAGUCCGCCUUUGGCUAUCCAUCUGGCGGUAUGCUAGGUCUCUUGAACGCUAUUCAGAAUAUUGGUGGCCUAGCGGGCUAUCCAUUUGCCCCUUACCUAUCAGACGGUAUAGGACGUCGUAAGACGGUGUUCUUCGGUGCAACAAUUAUGUGCAUUGCUACUGCCAUACAGACUGCCUCUCAGUCCGUGGGCAUGUUCAUUGGUGCUCGAUUCCUUAUCGGUUUUGGUCUUACUUUUGCCGCUAAUGCCGCACCAAUGUUGGUCACUGAGGUUUCGUAUCCCACGUACCGUGCUCCCCUGACAUCUCUCUACAACUCCCUUUGGUAUUCUGGUUCUAUCAUCGCUGCCUGGACGACUUAUGGCACGUUCAAGAUUAACAGCACAUGGGCAUGGCGUCUGCCUUCUCUUCUUCAGGGUAUUCCAUCCAUCCUGCAGUUCUUUCUUGUGCUGUUUGCUCCUGAAUCACCCCGUUGGUUGAUCAGAAAUGGUCGUGAGGCCGAGGCUCUCAAGACCCUCGCCUAUUAUCAUGCUGAUGGUAAUGAGCAGGAUCCUUUGGUUGUGUACGAGUUCGAGGAGAUCAAAGCUGCCAUUGAAUAUGACCGUAGUACUGCCACCAAUGUCGGUUGGAAGGUACUUAUUGCCACUCCUGGCAAUAGGAAGCGCAUGCGCAUUAUCGUCGCUCUUGCCUUCUUCUCUCAGUGGUCUGGAAACGGUCUUGUUUCAUACUACCUCACAAAGGUCUUCGACCAGAUUGGUAUCACAGGUUCAAGCACUCAGCUGCUUAUCAACGGUAUCUUGCAAAUUUGGAACUUAGGAUGGGCUGUCUUCGCCUCUUUCAUGGUCAAUAGACUCGGUCGUCGCUUUUUGUUCUUGCUUUCAGCAGCUUUGAUGACACUCUUCUACAUGGCACAAGCUAUUUGCUUCGCUGAGUACGCUGAGCAUGGUAGCCCCGCCGCCGGACACGCUGUCAUCGCCUUCAUCUUCCUCUUCUAUGCGGCAUACGAUGUGGCGUUUACGCCUCUCAUUGUCUCCUACACCGUGGAAAUUUUGCCUUACAGCAUUCGUGCAAAGGGCUUCAACGUCUUCAACUUCGUCGUCUCUCUUGCGCUCAUUUUCAACCAAUAUGUGAACCCGAUCGCACUGGACGCCUUAUCGUGGAAAUACUACCUCGUAUACGUCUGCUGGCUCGCUGUCGAAUUCGUCUUCCUGUGGUUCUUCCUCAUCGAGACUAAGAACAGGACUCUUGAAGAAACUGCAGCCCUCUUUGACGGUGAAGAUGUACUGGAACAGAUUGCCAACAAGGCAGAGGGUCAACACGAGGUGUACGAAGACGGUUCAUUGGAGAAAAAAUCUUUCACCGCGGGCAACGAGGCGCCUAGUGUUUAAUUUCCCUGAGCGUAUUUCGGAUGAUGCCGUCUCCAUGUUCGAAGGGUAUUAAUUCCUUUACGUAUAACCUUAUGCAGAACGUGGCACCGCGCAGCCUUCUACGCAUGUACAACAAAUAUAACUUUGGCUCAUUUUCAGUCUGUC